AUGAAUCAAGGUUAUACACGGAAUGUUCUGAUUUUGGACAACAUAAAACAUUAAUGGUCGAUGGGAAAUCCUUUCAUUACUUUGAGGCUGGAGAUGUAUCGAAACCUUUAAUAUUGUUUAUGCAUGGUUUCCCCGAGUUUUGGUAUUCGUGGCGAUAUCAACUCCGAGCACUUCGAGAUAUGGGGUAUCAUUUGGUGGCCUUGGAUAUGAGAGGUGCCGGCGGAAGUUUUGCACCGAGUGAAGUUCAUGAUUAUAACGCGAAUUUAUUGUUGACCGAUAUACGUGAAAUCAUACAAAAAUUAACCAAAAAUGGACGUGCUGAGUGCGUGGUCGGUCAUGACUGGGGUGCUGUGAUCGCAUGGCAGGCCGCAGCACAAAGUUGGGAAUGGGAUCAAUAUCAGGACCACUCUGGAUACAUCGACCGACUCAUCAUUUUAAAUGGUCCACAUACGGGAGUACUUGCCCAUAAUAUUUAUUCACGAUUUACGGACGUCUUUCAAUAUCGCAAUUUAAAAUCUUUAAUGAGCAAUCCUGUAUCAACUAUUACCAAUUCAUGGCAAUUACUUCAACCUUGCAUUGAUCAAGCGCUUAAAUCAUUUUAUGCAUUUAUAUUCAUGAUGCCAAGUCCAAUAGCGGAGACCUGGUUUUCAUUAAAAGAUUUUGAAAUACAUGAAAGAAUUUUUAAAUCUAUUCCAAAUGAGGCAAUUACUGAGGAGGAAAUCAACAUUUACAAGGCAGUCUUUUGCGCGAAUAAUAAUGCUUGUCUUACAGGCGGAUUGAAUUAUUAUAGAAGCCAAGCUGCGAGAGGAUUUUUCGAAGAUCAAAAAAGACGCGGGAUUAAGCAACCUGGUUUCAUUGGGAUCCCUACUUUGGUUAUUUGGGGAGAUCAGGAUUUAGCCCUAAAUAAAGACUUAUGUACGCUUAAUCUGGAAAAGCUGGUAUCAAAUCUAAAAAUUGUACAUCUUCCCGAGGCUCAGCAUUUUGUUCAUGAAGAAUGUCCUGAUAAAUCAAGGAAAUCUUCAUGA